ACGGUCUAAUCAACUAUGGAAAAGGGGAAAAGGGAAGCCCUCGAGGGAGCCCCUUUUGUAUGCCCAUACCCCUGUCUACCCCUUAUCUCCACCCCUGAGAUAUCCACUGCUAUACCUCUUUCGUGACAGAAUGCAACCAAGGUGCUCUCGACACUGUUUCCAAUCCUUUUCGCUUCUGUCGUGGGUCGCUUGAUGCUUGAAUCCGCGCGAUGGAAGCUAGAACAAGGAGGGAGCCUGGGUUCUCUGGAACAGCUCAUGGAAAGCAGAACUGUCGGAUCUACGCUCUGGACCAUUAUUCAGUUCCGGAUAGUGAACCUACUUGCGGCUGGAUUAGUCUUUGUUUGGACCUUUUCUCCUCUUGGGGCUCAGGCAAUCCUGCGCAUGUUGAAUUCGCUCAAUCGCAGCGACAACUACCCUGCGAAGAUGGUGUUCUUUGACAACCUAUCUAGGUCUUGGUUUGCUUCAAUGGUAUCAGUCGGUGGCAUCAGUGGCGGCGCGAACCGGGUGGAUGUGUGGGGAAAUUUGAGGAUCCCUAUUAUGGACUCUACUCAUCUUUGGUCGGGAUCCCCGUCAGCUACGCCAACACCGGAGAUGCAACAUUCUCACUUGAGUCCAGUUAUCUUAAUCUUGAGUGUCCAAAAGCCGACCGCUUUUCCUCUACGGAACUCAAUCGGCCACACGCAUGGUCCAACGUAACGGAUGAAUACAUCGGCCGCACAACGGCCAUAAAUGGAGACGGCAAAAAUAAAUACCCAAAUGGCACGUGGCACGGGUAUGACCACCGCAGGAACACGAGCAACUCUCCCCAAUGGGGAAUCGCGAUUGAUAGGUUCGUCGACCGUUUCUGGUUUGACGAC